AUGUCCGAGGUUGUGUCAUCUGAACCUCAUGGGGUCCUCCGGAAGCUCAAUUUUGCCCUUGCUGACGCGUCGCCCGAGUAUAUUGAGCGCCGCAAACUACAGAUGGCAAAGUUUUUCACAUUUGCAGCACUUUCGAUCUUCUCCACCAGAUUCAUCCAUAAGCAGACCAUAGCUCGCCAGUACAUUCCCACUUUGUUUCAGCAGAAUCACCAGCCACCGACGUCGUACAACUUCACCACCGAUGCCGCGGUGGCUGUGGGUGCGGGCACUUUGGCCUGUGGCGCCCUCUCGGGGAUGAUGGUAUUUGGCGUUGCCUGGAUUUUGGACGUGAGCACGUUCAAAGAGUUUGGCUACCGCAUGAAACACAUGAUGGGUGGUGAUAUAAAGGAACAGGAGCUUAGCCAGAUGGAAGUGGACGAAGAGACCCGAAUGGUACAGGAUGGCCUCAAUGACAUUUUGGAGGGGAAAUACGACGUUGAAGAUGAGCGAGAGCAGCGCAAAUAG